CGGCCUCCGCACCGCCCGCCUGCCCCGCGCCGCGCCCCCCUCGCCCUACGGCACCCAGGCGUCCGCCCACCCCACUCGGUCCGCUCGCCCACGCCUCGCGCCCGGUCUACCCCCGCCCCGCGCGCCGGCGCCGCAGGAAGGAGUUGCGGGCUCCAGCCGUGCCGCGCCGCACGAUGCCCCGCAUCGAUGCGGACCUCAAGCUGGACUUCAAGGAUGUUCUGCUCCGACCCAAGCGAAGCAGCCUCAAGAGCCGAUCCGAGGUGGACCUUGAACGUACCUUCACAUUUCGAAACUCAAAGCAGACCUACUCAGGGAUUCCCAUCAUUGUGGCCAACAUGGACACCGUGGGGACAUUUGAUAUGGCAGUGGUGAUGUCACAGCACUCCAUGUUUACAGCAAUUCAUAAGCAUUACACCCUGGAUGACUGGAAGCUCUUUGCUGCUAAUCACCCAGAAUGCCUGCAGCAUGUAGCCGUGAGUUCUGGCAGUGGGAAGAAUGAUCUGGAAAAGAUGAGCAGCAUCCUGGAAGCUAUACCGCAGGUUAAGUUUAUUUGCCUGGAUGUGGCCAAUGGUUAUUCGGAACAUUUUGUGGAAUUCGUGAAACGUCGUGCCAAAUUUCCAGAACACACCAUUAUGGCAGGGAACGUGGUGACAGGAGAGAUGGUAGAAGAACUGAUUCUUUCCGGAGCAGAUAUAAUCAAAGUGGGAGUUGGACCAGGUUCCGUGUGCACUACCCGCACCAAGACGGGGGUGGGGUACCCCCAGCUGAGCGCCGUGAUCGAGUGCGCGGACUCUGCCCACGGCCUGAAGGGGCACAUCAUCUCCGACGGAGGCUGCACGUGUCCAGGAGAUGUCGCCAAAGCCUUUGGAGGCGGAGCAGAUUUUGUCAUGCUGGGAGGGAUGUUUUCGGGCCAUACUGAGUGUGCUGGAGAACUGAUCGAGAGGAACGGGCAGAAGCUCAAGCUCUUCUACGGCAUGAGCUCCGACACGGCGAUGAAGAAACACGUGGGAGGGGUAGCCGAAUACAGAGCCUCUGAGGGCAAGACUGUGGAAGUGCCUUACAAAGGGGAUGUAGAAAACACGAUCCUGGAUAUUCUCGGGGGACUGCGGUCUACCUGUACCUACGUGGGGGCCGCCAAGCUCAAAGAGCUCAGCAGGAGGACGACGUUCAUCCGCGUGACCCAGCAGCACAGCACCCUGUUCAGCUAACCUUGCGGAUGAGGUGACGUCCCGCUCAUGGAAGCUUCCACACACAGCUGCUUUCCCAUUUCCUUCCUUCUGUUACAUCCGAGCUUCCGGCUGCUCCUGAAUGGUGGAAUGCUGCCUCCUCCUCCUCCUCCUGCCUCCUGGAGGCUUUGGGGCUCCCCCUUAGUGCCUUUCGGGGGGCCAGAAGCAGGGCACUGAUAGGAUCAGUUGUCAGAGCCCAGCUGCCCGGAACUCAUAACCUCAUUGUUAAAACUAACACUCGCACCUUUUUCUUUCUUUUUUUUAAAAAAGAAAAUGGUUUCACUUUAAUAUAAUGCUGUUAUCUUAAGACA